AUAUUUUUGCAAUUACAGGUUGUACAAGCAAAUUUCUCCUCUCUCUCUCUCUCUCUCUCUCCAAAGCCACCCUUGUGAUGGCGUCCGUCCAUUCAAAAUUGCUUUUAUCAUGCGUCACUCCUCAAAAGCUAAAGCAAAUAAUGCCGUCUGAUGUGGUUCUCACUCAAAACACUCCCUCUCGGUCCCACCAGUUCAACCCCUCCAACUCUACAAGGCUACAACUCCCUCGGCACCGGUACCCAACUCCUCUACUCGAUCAAUUCUUAAUGGCCGCAAAGGAGACUGAAUACAAAGCUCACAUAGUCCUUGUUCCACUGAUGGCCCAAGGCCACAUCAUCCCCAUGAUUGACAUUGCUCGCCUUCUCGCUCACCGCCCUGGCGUUCUCACCACUUUCGUCACCACACCUCUCAACGCCGCCCGCUCCCGCCCCGCCAUCUCCACCAUCCUCUCCUCCUCCCUCCCCGUCCGCUUCCUUGAGCUCCCUUUCCCUUGCUCCGCCGCCGGCCUCCCCGACGGCUGCGAGAACAUUGACCUCAUCCCUUUCCCCGACACCGAAGACAUCGACCUCCUCCGCCCCGCUUUCCUCCUCGUCAAGAACUUCUUCUUCGGCACCGCUCUCCUCCGCGACCCUCUCCUCUCCCUUCUCCGCCAACAACACCCUUCUCCGACGUGCAUCAUCGCUGACGUCUGCCUCCCUUGGUUAUCCGACGUCGCCGAGGCUCUGCGCAUCCCGCGCUUCAUUUUCCACGGCCAAUGCUGCUUCUCCCUCGCCUGCUACCUGAGCAUCCAUCUCAACGGCCUUGACCGAACUAUAACCGACGAGACCCAGCGUUUCCUCGUUCCCGGCUUACCUCAGCCUAUUCACGUCAACAAGACUGAAGCUCCCGGCUUCUUUAGCAUGCCUGGCUGGGAGAAGCUCCGCAAAGACACCAUCGACGCCGAGCUCUCCUCUGACGGUAUCGUUUUGAAUACUUUUAACUCUUUGGAGGGUGAAUACAUUGAGUACUACGAGAAAACGUUAGGGAAAAAAGCUCUGGCGAUUGGACCUGCGUCUCUUGCUAACAGAGACGUGUCUAGCAUGGCUAUGAGAGGGAACAAAACCGCCAUUGAUGAGCAACAGUGCUUGAACUGGCUAGACUCCAAGGAUCCAAGGUCAGUCAUUUUCGUUAGCUUCGGCAGCCUUGCUUUAGUAAAACCUCUGCAACUCAUGGAGAUUGGGUAUGGAUUGGAAGCAUCUGGGAGUCCAUUUAUAUGGGUGAUCAAAGAGUGUGAGAAAUGGCCGGUGAUGGAGCAGUGGGUGGCGGAGCUGAAGGAGAGGACGGGUGACCGGAGUUUGAUAAUCAUAGGGUGGGCGCCUCAGGUGGUGAUACUGUCACACGUCGCUGUCAGUGGAUUCUUGACACACUGUGGAUGGAACUCGGUGCUUGAAGCGGUGAGUGCCGGCGUGGUUAUGGCGACGUGGCCGCGGAACUCGGACCAGUUCCUGAAUGAGAAGCUGGUGGUGGAGGUGCUGAGGAUUGGGGUGAGGGUGGGUGGGAAGCCGCCGAGCUAUGUGGCCAUGAGUAAGUGGAAUGUGGUGGAGAGGGAUGUGGUGGAGAAGGUGGUGAGGAGUUUGAUGGAUAAGGGGAAGGAAGGGGAGGAGAGGAGGGAGAGAGCUAGGGAGCUUGGAGUGAAGGCUAGGAUGGCAAUGGAGGAAGGUGGUUCUUCUUGGGUGGAUUUGAGUAGGCUUGUUGAUUUGGCAUCUGUGCAUGUUGUUAACAAAUAACAAGGGUUUUGAUGAAAAUUAAGCGCCUUUGGUGGAGUUUCACUUGCCGCAGCAAAUAGCAAUAUGUGAGUAAAGAAUGCAUUAUCUUGUCGUUCAAGGACAGUAAUUUAGUUACUUAACAACUUUCAUGGUAAAUAUUUAGAGUUCUGACUCGCUUUUAAUA